CUUCGAGAUUGAUGGAUUAAUAAAGUACAGUUAGCUUGUUCUUCUGAACAAAAAAUCUGAAAAAAAAUGUCCGCAGGAGUUUCUCCACCGUGCUCGCCAAACGCGAAAAGCCCAUCUGCUAAGAGCUACGCAGAGCUCUUUCGCUUUGGUGAUUAAGGCACCUUGUUCACUCGCGCAAAUUGAUCUUCUGACCCUCUUCUAGAUAAACUUUUGAACAUUCUUUCAUGGGAAAAAAAUCAAAGAAGUCAACAGCACGUGAGCCCUACAUGAACUUCGUCCACUUACUACAGAAGUAGUAUGCGGUCGUCCUCUAUGGGCAAUCAUCGGUAGUUUGCAUAUGAACUUAGGCAGGAGUAGGUACAUCUCGCGCUCUAAUGCAUCAGUUGGCAGGGCUACGAUACUCUGAGGCUGUCGAGUGAAGCCUUGAGUAAUGUCGAAUUCGAUGCUGGUACUGGGGAGUGGCGUAGUAGUUGUCAACCUACUUCUGAUGGUAUCACGACUAUCAAGGCAGACCUCUUCAAUUACGGUGGUAGUUGAUCAGUACUGGUGUCGUGUGACGUGAACUAAGUAAUAAAUACUAAUAUUACCACUUUUAGUAACAGUAUUCUGUUGAGUGCUAAUUCAAGACAAGCCCGCAACAAGUAGCAGAUGAAGAUCCAGGUGGUGAAGUGGAUGGAGAGAAACAAAAAGAGGAGAAGGCGAGCUCGUCUAGAAGUAGUGGUGAGAAAUUACGUCCGCCGACUUCGCCUCCUGCGACUCCAGGAAGUCUCAAGAGUGCACCACAUCAAGCUUCCAGUUAAGGCCUCACUUAAUCCAUCUUUUAGCUCAUCUGCCAGCGGUUUUCAAGUAGAAAAACCAAAGUAGAAAUUUAAGUUACUAGCUGUAGUUUUCAAGUAGAAAAGAUGAUGCCGCAAAAGAUGGAUUAUAUUGAGUUCUAAGCGAAAGAGCAAAGUAGUAGUAGAGCAACUACCGCUGCUUCUUCUUCAACGCUACAAUUAGGAACCAUAACUAAUCCUGAUGAACCAAAUCGAAAUCUUACAACGAAUUUUACAACUUCUAACCGUACAACGAAUCCAUCAGCAACUACUACCCCGAACCCAGGAACAUCCCUUACAGCCGAGCCUGACGCUCACUUGCUAAAGCCAGGCGCUUUUGUAGCCAUGGUAGAGAGCCUAACGCACGUAGUUGCGCUACAAGAGGUACUAGCAAAGGAUGCCCUAGGGAGAGCUGCGGAAGAAGAUAGAAAAAGAGAACAUGAGCGUUCUCUGGAGGUCACAUCUCUUGAAUUAGGUCGCUUCGUUUUGAGGUCAUCUAGUUAUUGGUAUUGUUACCGACAUUUACAUAACAUUAAAUGAGAAUGUUGUGCUGGGAAAUUCGAGGUGGAGUUGGUGCGGGCAGGCUAGUAAAAUUGGCUUUUGUUAUUUGAAGAUUAUUAUGCACGGACAGAGGGUGGAAUAAAACUUGAAUCUAUGUAUAGUACUGGGAGGACUGUGUUGUAUAGCACGUAAAAAAGAUUCAUCAAAAUAAUGAAGUUGAAAAUGCGCUUGAGAAGGAACCAAACAUCUAAUUUCUGACGAAAGCCGUAGUCAGAAGACGCGUGAUGCGAGGAGACAUAUUCAAGAAUCUGCAGAGGCUAUUCGACUUUCUAGAAUGAAGUCCCUUGAGGAGAUUCAGAGACUCCUAGAUCAAACCAGAACGCGCGAGAAGACAAGGGCUGACGCUGGUUUAUGAAUGAUUUCGUAAAGGAGGUAGAUGGGUUUGGGUUUGUAGUUAGAGAAUAAUUUUUCAUCAUGCAAUGACAGUGAGAGUUUGUUAAGUGAGAGGGACAACGAGGACAACCCUCGUCACCCGUGUUGUUCUACCUCUAAGUGGGUAUUGACCUUCUACAUCUCUAAAGAAUGAAAACGCGAAGAACAGGGAGUAUGUUUUUGUCACAAGUGAGGUUACAGCAGAGGCAGUUCAUGUAGUGGCGCGACCUCGAUUUUGUGAUAGAGAUUGGCUCCUAGCCUGUGCACAGACAGAUGAGAGCGUUUUGGAAGCAGCAAGGUUUGGAAGUUUGGGUGGAGGUAUUGCUAUGGUCUUAGGAACUUCUAAAAGAUGCUUGCUGUGGAGGGAAUUACUUACCAGAGACAGAGAAGAUUCAUCUAUCAGAUUCAAGAACAUCGCAAUAGAUGCCCUAUUUCAUCCUACACUGACUUCAAACUUCAGACUCCUCCACCUCGACAUCCUCCGACGUAGUUUCUGUGGGUGUUCAUUUGAACCAAGUAGCAUCCAUUUUCGCAGAACGCAUACUCACUGUGUCCGCGUCCCGCGUUGAAGCACAUCAUGUUCGGUUGUUAUGGCGGCCAUAUGUUCUUUUAUCCCGCCGAGUAGUCCCGCUUUUAAUACUUAUACUAGUGAUCACACUUACUAACAACGCUGCUGGAACUGGAAGGGUUGCCUGAUAAAUAUCGAAGGAAGUCGUUGUAGUUGUUCUACUAAGUACACUAUUAAGCGGAAUGUUGAUGAAAAAAAAACAAGUACUAGACACAGAGUAAGAUUCGUCUAAUUCUAACCCUUACCCCUGUCUAUUCUUAGACUGCUCUAACUUUCGUCUACGAAUGGGCUGUAUCGAACGCGCUCCUUGCCAUUCAAGCCCUGGCAAGUUCCUUGAGGAGGCCGUCAGCUAUUGCGAGGAUUCUACCACUGCAAUGCUUUGACCUCUUGUCGCGAUUCUGUGACCAGCAUUUGGCGUUUCGCCUGGCGUUUCAGAGUCUCCUGGCAGCGAGAAUAACAUGCACGGAUUUAUGGCAAGAAGGCAAUUCCUUGAAGGAAUGAAAAUGAUGAGGGUAGUAGUUCUAUCGCAUGGUCGCUCUUCUUCUUGAUCAAGAGGUGACUUCACAGACGCAGCACAAACUCCGAUGCAUUGACUCAAGUAAUGACAUGCUUCGAAUGAAUAGCAGACUGCUAGCAGCUUUUCAGUUUCUAAUCCGGGUGACUGACAUCCAUGACGACGAUGAAGAAUCCGUGGGCACAAAACAGCGCGUCUGUGGCCACUUGUCGAGGCAGAUAGUGAGGGCUCUGGCCAUGCGCUAUGAUUCUUUGGCUAAGCAAAGCUUGACGCCGCUUCUCAAAGGCUUCGUGGCGUUGAAUCUUAUGGCUUUUUGUUGUAAGUAGUACAUCGUGAAAUUGAAAUAGUCUGUGUGUGCGAAACGACUGCCAUUACAAAGAAAUAUUAGUCUUUCGUCAUCCUUUCUGUACAAGGAUGGUCGUGGUCUUUCAUCAUCCUUUCUGUACGUGAUGAGGGUAUUCGUGAAAAAACUUAGAUGAUGAAACUAGAAGUACCCAAAUCAGGCCGAUAGAACAAGGUAUGAUGAUAGACCUAUUCGAAAACUGAAAAUAACCGAGUUACUGGCUGAAAUAAGGGAGGUAGCUUAACGCCAAGGCUACUCUUCCUUCUCAUCAGUAUCUCGGAUAUUCUGAUCAGUUACUUGCUUAUUUCAGUUUUUCGAAAACCUAUUUAUCUUCUCUUCUUCUAGUAAAACGCCCACUUUCUAACCACCGAUGUCCAUACAAGAUUUUGUUGGAGGUCGGAGUGGAGGAGAUAUCGAAUAGUGUCAAUGUCGGGUCUAGUAAGAACAGCCAGGCGAUGGCUUAUAGUUUGGCUAAGGCAUUUGGGGAUCAAUUAUUGAGGUGUGUGGCCGAUUACGCAGAUGAAUUCGCCAUUGAAUUUGAAACGAGAAUACUGGAAGACUUGAAAUCAGGUGCUGAAGGGGGAUAGCCAUUUUGUCACUCAUGUGAGUUAAGAUCCACCGGAUGAGGCUGGUUUAGGAAGCGUUUGGAAGGAAGCAGCCGGAGCUGUGCUAGCAU